UAUAGGUCUUUUAAGUGCGUAUUUAAGUAUUCUAUUCUGAGAAGUGAUCCAAAAAAUAAAACAUUGAUUUCAUAUAAAAGGCAACACGGAAAAAGUAAUGACAACCAAUGACAGUUGUUGAUCUGAUCUGUCUGUUCUCCAUCCAUAAUAAUCAAGUGCUUUCGGACGAGACACACCACAUUAUUAUACGAAUGCAUACACAUAUUUAGUCACGCAACCAUUGUACAAUAAAAGGUUGGACUGGAGAGGGUAAAUACGUCUUUUAAGCAAUAUAACCGACCGACCUUUGGACACUUGUUGUAUACUAAAACGACGGACAGUCAACUUUUUUAGCAGAUCACAAGCUUCGAGUCGGACGAGAAGAACAGUUUAAUUGAUCGCGUCGUGCCUUAACGGACUCUGUAAACUCUGUCAUUUUUCCCCCGUAAUCUAAUAUUGACUCAAAAAAUAGUGGAAAAAAUAUUUGAUAUUUGAACUAAAUAAUAAUAAUAGAAAAGAUAAAGCAAUGCCUCGAGGGUUACAUCGACUUUUACGUGUUGGAAAUGCAACGCAACGCCACGUCGCCUUGAUUAAUUCACGUCUUUAUUCCGCCUCUGCUUCCGCAGUAGCGCAACAAUCUGACCAUUCGGGAUUUGACUCGGGAAAAGAUGACCCAAAAUUAUGGGUCAAGUCGCCCUAUCCCGACGUGCCUAGGAUCGUCGGGGUGGAAAUGCAUGAAGUUUUGUAUAGCAGGAUAUCAAAGUGGCCCAAUUCACCGGCAUUUGAAUGUGGAGUCACCGGAAAGAAGCUCACGUUUGGAGAUUUGUACCGGCACUCGAGAUCACUGGGGGCCGCUCUGAUUCAAGCUGGAUAUAAGCCUGGUGACACUGUGGGAAUAGUUCUCCCGAAUAUGCCAGAGUUUUCCGUGCUAAUGCUGGGAUGCUGGAGUGCUGGAUUGAUUAUAUCAUGCAUCAAUCCAGCCUAUACUGGAGACGAGAUAAAACGACAGCUUAAAAGCUCGAAUGCCAAUUGUGUGAUUACGAUAGAGCACUUUCUGGACUCCGUCCGCUCAGCGAAAGCCGAGAAUCCUGGACUUCGAGACAUCAUCGUUAUUGGGGACGAUGGGACCCCCGAGGGCUGUCAUUCUUAUAACGAGAUGAUUAAAUGUGAUGCGUCUGGGGUGGAAUUUUCAUCCGGGUCUAAAAACGGGAGAAACACGAUGGAGGACAUUGCUUUACUUCCAUACAGCUCUGGAACGACAGGUCCACCAAAAGGCGUAAUGCUCACUCAUUCCAAUAUUGUGACCAAUAUACACCAAUUUGUAGCUCAUGGUGUUGGCGUAACACAUAAUUUUGACGAAACCGGGUCUCAAGAACGGUUAAUUGGCCUGUUGCCCUUCUUUCACAGUUAUGGUUCUGGAGCAUUUCUCAUGAGUGGGGUAUACCAGGGAUCUCAUACUAUGAGUUUGCCUAAAUUUGACCCAAAAACAUUCCUAGAUGCUAUCAGGAAGCACAAGCCUACUUGCCUGCAAUUGGUCACUCCUCUAAUUUCACUAAUUGUUAACUCUGACGAGUACACAAAGCACGAAUUUGCUCAUAUGCAUUCAGUCGUUGGAGCUGCCGCACCCAUUGGAAAAGUGCUGAUUGAGCGAAUGUUGAACAAGAUUGAAAAAUAUGCAUUCUUUGGCGAAGGAUAUGGAAUGACUGAACUUUCGCCACUUUCCCAUUUCCUAAAUCCAAGCACAAGGAAUACAAAGGCAGGAUCGUGUGGAAGGUGUGUUCCGUCCACAUGGAGUAAGGUCAUCGACAUAAAAACCGGAGAAACUUUAGGUCCAAAUUGUCGCGGAGAAUUAUUAGUGAAGGGUCCGCAAGUUAUGAAAGGAUAUUACAACAAUGAAGAAGCCACGAGGAAUACCGUAGAUGUUGAUGGUUGGCUGCACACGGGUGACAUUGCAUAUUAUGACGAGGAAGGCUUUUUCUACAUUGUUGACCGACUCAAGGAGCUCAUCAAAUACAAAGGGCUCCAAGUCGCUCCCAGCGAACUUGAAGACGUCCUCCGCAAGCAUGACAAGAUCCAGGACGUUGCAGUGAUUGGAAUUCCUUGCGUGGAAAGUGGUGAAGUCCCGAGAGCCUACAUCGUAAAGAAAGACAAGAGUCUGACGGACGAAGAAGUUCACAAUUAUCUCAAACCAAUCGUCGCCAGUUUCAAGCGACUUCGAGGCGGCAUAGAAUUCCGUGAAACAAUUCCCAAAGCACCCAGUGGAAAAAUCUUAAGACGCGAAUUGGUUGAAGAAUACCGGAAGCAGAAUCCAGAAUAAAAUUCAUAGGAUUUAGACUUAAUUUGACAUAAUUUCAAUUCUACUCUGGACAAAGUGUAAAUAUCACAUAUUUUUAUUUAAUUUCACAUCAACCGUUCGUUCGAUCGUUAGCAAGUAUAAUUUACAAUAAUAAAUAAUAUGUACAACAACAAUAAAUUAAUCACAGAUUGAAUUGUUAAAAAUAUUGGUUUACAGUCAAUUAGACUGAUAACCAGAAGCAGUAUUAUAAAAAAUACUUUCCGGAUAAACUUAUUCUUACACAUAAAAAUUGGAGUGUCGAUAUUUUAAAGUAUUUUUAAGUUUAAAAAGUUUUUAAUGAAAUAAAUCAAAACAUAUUUUAAAA